AAAAGAUCGCACACACCCAACGCUGCCUUGCUGAGAAGCCAAAAGUGAAAACGGAGCCAAAUGUGAAGAGAACAGACCUUUCAGAAUUAAAAACUUUGCUCACAGAAGUGACAUCUGGCGGUGAAGUUGUGCAACUUCAGUGUGUGUUGUUUUGAAAAAAGGAAAAACCCCUUUCGCUAUGGUGAUGACGGAAUGGGGUGGGCUGCAGAGAAAAAUAGAAUGAGCGGUGUGUCCGGUGUUGAAAACGAUGAUUAAACUGGAUGAGCCGGAGAUCAUGCAAGGAACAAUCCUGCGUCCACAUGUCCGGCCGCUCCAACCCGAGGUCCGACUACCCCUCGGGAGGGGGUGGCGGAGGAGGUGAAAUUCGAGUGGCCUUUAUAGAACUAUUUGAUCUUGGUGGUAAAUUUGACGCCAAGAGAAAAAGAUGUAAUCAAAAUGAACAGGAAGAGAAUGACAACUACUGUAAAAGAAGAACAUCUUCUUCAAGUGCUCAAGAAAGUCUUCUUAAUGGAACAGAAAGCAAAAAGAAAAGGCAAAAGGAAGCGGCAUGCCGUAAGAGGCAACAAUUCGUCAAUAAUUUUCUUGAAAGACCACGUGGUUGCAAGGCUAUUACCUAUCAUAUGGCUUUGUAAGUACUAAAGUAUUUCAUCUUCUCACUUCUUUCAGAUAUGGGUAUGUCACAUUUAAAAAUUGCAUGUUAUAUUUAAAAAUUGCUUCAUGUUAUUGUUAUAAGUUUUGUAAAUGUAUGUCUUUGUUUAAAUAUACUGUCCCGGUAAGACUACAUUU